AGUAGUGAGAGGCUCCAGUGAGUGCAGAGCAGGCAGAGUGUUCACAGGGCUGAGCAGCCUCUUCCUUCCCCUUCCCAGAACAGACUGAAGGCUGCUAUUAUUCCCAGUACAGGAGCCAACUCACAGCAAACUCCAGACAACUGCGACCGCACAACUACUACGACCCCAACCAGAGCAGCCCAGGGAGGACCCUAAUACUGGAGACAUCCACUGAAGACCCCCAGCCUGUAGGUCAGUCACUGAGGACCCCAGACAUCUACUACUGAGGACCUCCAGCCUGACAUCUACUACUACUGAGGACCUCCAGCCUGACAGUCAUCUACUGAAGACCACAACCUAACAAACAUCUCUGAGGACCCCCACCUAAGAAACUUAUCUGAGGACCCCAAAAUAAGACAUCCACUGAGGACCCCAACCUAACAAACAUCUACUGAGGACCCCCACCUAAUAAACGUCUACUGAAGACCCCAACCUAAGAAACUUAUCUGAGGACCCCAACCUAACAAACAUCUCUAAGGACCCCAACAUAACAAACAUCUCUGAGGACCCCAAUAUAACAAACAUCUCUGAGGACCCCAACAUAACAAACAUCUCUGAGGACCCCAAUAUAACAAACAUCUCUGAAGACCUUCUGCCUGACAAUAAUCUACUAAAGACUUUAUCAUAACAACUAUCUACUGAGGACCAUCAGCCUGGCAGCCAUCUACUAAGGACCAUCAGCCUGGCAGCCAUCUACUAAGGACCAUCAGCCUGACAGCCAUCUACUAAGUACCAUCAGCCUGGCACCCAUCUACUGAGGACCAUCAGCCUGGCAGUCAUCUACUGAGGACCAUCAGCCUGGCACCCAUCUACUGAGGACCAUCAGCCUGGCAGCCAUCUACUGAGGACCAUCAGCCUGGCAGCCAUCUACUGAGGACCAUCAGCCUGGCAGCCAUCUACUAAGGACCAUCAGCCUGGCACCCAUCUACUGAGGACCAUCAGCCUGGCAGUCAUCUACUGAGGACCAUCAGCCUGGCAGUCAUCUACUGAGGACCAUCAGCCUGACAGCCAUCUACUGAGGACCAUCAGCCUGACAGCCAUCUACUGAGGACCAUCAGCCUGACAGCCAUCUACUGAGGACCAUCAGCCUGACAGCCAUCUACUGAGGACCAUCAGCCUGGCAGCCAUCUACUGAGGACCAUCAGCCUGACAGCCAUCUACUGAGGACCAUCAGCCUGACAGCCAUCUACUGAGGACCAUCAGCCUGACAGCCAUCUACUGAGGACUUUAGCCUAAGAACCAUCUACUGAGGACCCCGUCAUCCAUUAAGGACCCCCCAAUCUGACAGUCAUCCAGUGAGAACCCUCAGGCUAUCAAACAUCCACUGUGUACCCCAAUCUGUCAGCCAACCACUGAGGAUACUUGUCAAUAACCACCCCCCGGAUACAAAGCCUGUCAAUCCCCCCCUGACGACACCACACAGGGGUCCUCCUUAGGUGACUUCAUGGUGACAUUCUGGGAGUUGUAAGCUCAAUCUUAGUCAGUGACUACUACAUACCCAGAGGUGAUUCUCCGGCUCCAGAAGAGGAUCAGAUCCCACAUGUACAGAUGACAUCUGAUCGGGGGUCGCCCCUUUCCUGUCCUCACUUGGUGCCCGACACGAUCUGCUGAGAUCUUCUGGGUUGGGAAUCACAUCGAUCUAUGGGGCGCAAAUCUGCGGUGUCAGCGAUCACAUCCAUGAGGAGAAGACGGUGAUCAGAUCGGGAUCGUUCCCAUUCAUGUCCUGAGAAUCCUCAUCUGACCCGACUACAGAGCAGAAGUGCAGAUUAGCAUCAGAUCUCGGAGACCUAGAGAUCUGUUGUGCGGAUCCAGGGAUCUGAUACCAAGGGGUCGGGAUCUCUGCUGAGGACAUGGAGAUUGGGGGGUUUCCUUCUCUUUCAGGGGACUGAAUGCCGAAUGUCCUGGUGCUGCUGAGCCCAUUCUGUGCAGACACUUCUGUCCUAUGACCCGGCACCUCCUUUCACUUCCCUUUUCUGGAAUGGGAUCUCAGUGUUGAUUGCAGCCGCAUCCCCCCAUCCCCCCCUAGUACUUUCAGCGCAUGGAUGAGGACUGCGCCCCCCACUGACUGCCCCCCACAUGCCCAUCUUGGAGACAUGGCUUAUGGCUUCAGGUGGGGCUACCAGUGAGCCCCCUGGGAUAGGUGUGAUCUCUGCCUAGUAUUUUGGAUGCAGCCAGCGCCCCUUGGAUAUGGGACCAUCUCUGGUGGUGUGGACCAGUCUUGUUUCCUUCGUCUGCUGUUCGCUCCUGACCUGCGUCUCUGCCCUGGUGGAUACGGAUGAUGUCAUCACCAAAGAGGAGCAGAUCUACCUGCUUUUUAUAGCAAAAGGAAAGUGUGAACAACAUCUGAAAUCUAAAUCACAAGAUGGCUUUUGUCAGUCUGAAUGGGAUGGAAUCGUCUGCUGGCCCGAAGGGAGACCGGGCAGCAUGGUGUCCGUCAUGUGUCCUGAAUACAUCUAUGACUUCAACCAUAAAGGUCACGCUUAUCGGCGGUGUGACAUGAACGGCAGCUGGGAGCUGGUGCUGGGAAAUAACCGCACGUGGGCCAACUACACCGAGUGCGCAAAAUUCCUGUCCAAUGAGACGCGGGAUAGGGUCGGGUGUAAAGUUGCCGUCACUUUUUUCCUUUAUUUUUUGGCCACAAAUUACUACUGGAUCCUCGUAGAAGGACUUUAUCUCCAUUGUCUCAUAUUUAUGGCUUUUUUCUCUGAUAAAAAAUAUCUUUGGGGGUUCACACUCUUUGGAUGGGGUGUUCCCGCUAUAUUUGUCACUAUUUGGGCGCGGGAAAGAGCCACAAUAGCCGACACAGAGUGCUGGGACCUCAGUGCAGGGAACCUAAAAUGGAUAAUUCAGGGUCCUAUUCUUGCUGCUACUGUGGCAAAUUUUUUUCUUUUUAUUAAUAUUGUUCGAGUUUUAGCAACCAAACUGCGAGAGACGAACGCGGGGCGGUGUGAUGCGCGGCAGCAGUACAGGAAGCUGCUGAAGUCCACGCUGGUCUUAAUGCCGCUCUUCGGCGUUCACUAUAUUGUCUUCAUAUCUCUGCCAUAUACCGAGGUGUCCGGGCUGGUAUGGCACAUACAGAUGCACUAUGAGAUGCUCUUCAACUCCUUUCAGGGAUUCUUUGUUGCCAUUAUUUACUGCUUCUGUAAUGGAGAGGUACAAGCCGAAAUUAAGAAAUCAUGGAGUAGGUGGACAUUGGCGCUGGACUUUAAAAGAAAAGCCAGGAGUGGAAGUACCACCUACAGCUAUGGACCUAUGGUGUCCCACACAAGUAUCACUAAUGUCACCACAAGGGGCACAUUGGCCUUACAUCUGAACACUAGACUUGUGUCCGCCGCCCUGAACGGGCACCGAAACCUACCAGGCUACGUAAAAAAUGGGUCCAUUUCUGAGAACUCAAUCCCUUCUUCAGGACCAGAGCAGUACAACAAGGACGAGGAAUAUCUCAAUGGGUCGGGGGUCUACGACGCCGAACGACCGGCUGCCGAAGUCGUAGAAGAAGAGAGAGAGACUGUAAUGUAAAUAGGUAUUUCGCGAGGAUCCAAAGAGGACACAAAAUGCAAAAGAACAAAUAUGGGGAAAAAAGACAAAAUUGGGGAUCCGGUGAGAGAUGGUCGAUCACAUGACUGAUCCUUCUCUUACCAAUCAGCUGAUUGUUUCCAACACAGUUUUUGGUGAACAGCGCAAAAACAUCACAGUCACUCACCGAGCCAUCUAUGUACCGCCCCACCCCCACCUCCACCCAAACCACCAGAGCACAAAAAGUCACAACCAUCUUUUACAUAUUAAGUGUAAUUUUUUUUUUUAAUAACGUUCCAGUUUGUUAAUUUUGAUUAAUUGUGAAAAAAAUAUUAUUAUUAUUAUUUUAUAUUUGUAUUUUUUUUUUUAAAGACAUUUAUGUAUCAAUCCUCUAUGUUAGAGACGUGGAUUUAAAAAAAAUAUAUAUAUUGUGAUUGCAUUUUCUACAAGAAUCGAAAGAAAAACUGAAAAAAAGACAAUUGUAAUUACGCAUGUACAAAAGAUUAUUAUGAUUAUACCGUAUCUCGAUUUUUUUUUUGUUUUAUUCAAUGUCAGCAAAAAGUAUUGCCUGAACCUCACAGAAUAUACACACUAAUGUAUUGUGAAAAAAAAAUUGAGAAAAACUAAAAAUACACAACAUAAAUGUAUCACAAAAAAAUCGGAAACGUCAACAAAUAGAAUGUAUCAAAAGUUAUAAUGUUUAGAAAAGUAAAGAAAACGUUUACGACCCCUAAAAAAAAAAGUGGAAAAUGUUUCUCUUAAAGGGGUACCCUGCCCCAGACAUCUCAUCCCCUAUCCAAAGGAUAGGGGAUAAGAUGUCUGAUCGCGGGGGUCCCGUCGCUGGGACCCCUGCGAUCUCUGCGCAGCACCCAUUGUUUGUUCAGAACUCUGGGUGCGGGCGGCGGGAUCGUGACACCACUGCCACU